AAGUGCUAUAUCGCCAUUCCGCUAGUCAUACGUCUGAUCCCACCUGGAGCUUCCUAUCACCUAUCAUUUGUCGUCCGUCUAGGGCGCGUCGGGGCACAGAGUACCAUUUACAGCAGCGAAAUUAGGACCACCGCAGACCAGCCUCGCUAGAGCCUCGGGUUGUCCACAAUGGCCGACAAUAACAAGAAAGAGCUAUCCCAGCCACCACAUCCAGUGCCUAGUAUCCAAACGGGAUCUCUAGAUGUGGUGUUCCAAAAGUCCUAUUUCUCAGCAAGGGACAUAACCGGAGAACGGCGUCUCCAACUAUCUGGCACGCCUCCCGUCAACUUCGCUAAUGUACUUCCUGGCCUGUACCGAAGCGGAUAUCCGCAGGCAUCGGAUUAUCCUUUCCUGGCGAAUCUUCAUCUCAAGACUAUCGUCACGCUGGUCGGCAGAGAUAGUCUACCGAACGGCUUCUCUCAGUUUAUGGCCGAUAACCACAUUAAUCACAAAGUCUUCGACAUGGCAGGUACCAAGAAGGCCGACAUCCCGCUGAAUACCAUGCAGGCCAUCCUCUCCGUCAUCAGCAACCGACAGAAUUACCCUCUACUUGUCCACUGCAACCACGGAAGGCACCGGACCGGGUGCGUUAUUGGCGUUCUACGCAAGACUCAGGACUGGGACUUGCCCAGCAUCAUUCAAGAGUACACCAAGUUCGCCGAGCCCAAAGCCAGGGAGACGGAUGUCGAAUACAUCGCCGACUUCAAGACAACCACUAUUCAAAGUCCUACUGUCCGGCAACAACGGGCGCCUAAUGCGCUCCGCACCUUUUACGGCAUGGUAGUCGUCGUAUCUCUUACCCUUUCGGUCUGGGUGUACUCGAGCGCCAGGAUUCUGAUGAUCACCGUGGCUUAAGCCGAGACAGCCGGCAGCCCCCCGCCAGCAGUGGUGGAGCACCACGAAGCACAGAGAAGACUUACCACCAAAAAUAGACAGGAGGGCUUCAUCUCUUUAUAUAUUCCCC